CGGUCACCUGUCAAUUUUGCUGCCAAGCGCUGGGCAGCUAUGUCACUGCCCGGCUUCCCAGUCUACAUUAGAGGCUUAGCAAAACAAGUUAUCGCUAGACAUGGGCCCAUAUCUAAUAAGGACAUUCUUCGUAAAGUCCAAGAACAACAUGCCCUCAUGACUAAAAAGCCGAACUUCCAAAUUUCAUCUCCUGCCCCGCCUCCUUCAUCCAAGGUUACUAAGGCGCCAAUAAUCACCUCACCUACCCCUUUGCCUAAUAUGUCUCAACUCAAACGGCAUGCUCUCCAACAUCUCAUCCAAAGCAGAAAAUGGGAAAAAAUCCACAUCCGUCGCGAAGCAACGCCUGAAGAAAAAAGCACCAUGUCCUCCAAUCAACGACAAAUCCUAGGAAGUGGACCUGAUAAUAAAGUUUAUAUAUCAGAGUGGUUUUGGAGGAGAACACCGCCUAAGGAGAAGAAAGCUUCGAGGAAAUCUAGGGGGCCAACUACUGUUAUUAACGAAGCUUUUCAGUCUUCUACGACCACCCCUGACGCUACAACCAUGAGUACCGCCACGGCCAACAAGAACACUCGGAAGCCCAAACCUGAUGCCAUCCCCAAGACGAAUGCUCGUAAACUGGCAGGAAAAGCACUCCGCGGGUUCAGUGAACGUCCCCAACCUUUAGUACGCCGGUGGUUGAAGCCAAUGAUCGAUCACCUCAGUCGGAGAAGGCAACGGAAAAGGUUGAAGGACAUGGCUAAGAUGGCUCGGACGUGGAGAGCAGUUAAAGCCGCAAAAUUACUUCAUCAGAUUGAGACAUCGGAGGGCAAAGGCAGGGCCAAGCAGCGGGGGAAGGAGGAAAAGGCGAAGGCGAAGUUAAAACAGGAGGUGUCGACGUCCAACGUCUAAAUAAUUAUUCAGGGCUAUAUGGCAAUGCAAUGAGGCGUAAUACAAAUGUCCUGUUUAUUUAUGUAUCUCUAUCGAUGUUUUGUGUAGCGCAGUCCGAAAGGAGGAAGGAGAUGUCAAUCAAAGAUCUACUUG